AUGAACAUCCUAGCCAGAAGACAACAGUGGACCAUAUUCAUCUGCUGUGUUGUGAUCAUGUUUUUCUCGAUAACGCUAUCGGCUAUGGCAACACCUUCAAACAAAAAGCUCGGAAACGGUAACACUACAUACAAUUUACGGAUUACCAAAAUGCAGUGCGUUGAUACACCCUACAAGCGAUCGAUUCUCCAUAAUUGUACUAUGGUGCACUUACCAAAUAACACGGUUGGCUUAAACAUUUCCGUUGAAGUCCCUAUAGUACUAAGCUUUUUCCAAAUAACCGUCAAAGUGUAUUAUAAAUACACCACCUACCGACCCUUCAUGAUCGACUGGACCAUUGAAUUGUGUCAGGCACUUCGUAAUCGAAACUUAAACCCUUCAACUGUUUUUGUGAUGAAAGUGUAUGCAGAUAGUUUGCCCGAAUUCUAUUAUCCUUGUCCGCAUGGGAACCGAACUUACGCUUUCUUUUGGACGUUGGAGCCAAGCUAUAUUCCGUCAACUUUACCCUCUGGAGACUAUCGAUUGGAUGUCUAUUACCAAGAUUCAACCCACACGACACUUUUCGCUUUUAGGAUAUACGGUUCCGUACGAAAGCAGGGUCUCAUUGGUUAA